AGAGGAUUGUGCCUGAGGGGUGGGACAAUACGAACUUACCGGAUCAGAGAGCGCACUGACAGCCUCUCGCCAAGCAAGCUGUGCUCAAGAUUUUUCAUCUGCUUCAAGCAAAGUCCUUGACAAAUCCAUGCCAGAUGAAUUCAACGGGGAAACUCACUUUUUUUCAGUUUUUUGUGUUUUUGACAAUGAAAGGUUGUUUAUCAUCCAAAGGUGAAGACAGUUUAUUCAGGAGGUUGUUCCAACACUACAAUCAAUUUAUCAGACCAGUAGAAAAUGUUUCAGACCCAGUAACAGUUGAAUUUGAAGUGUCUAUUUCACAACUGGUCAAGGUGGAUGAAGUGAACCAGAUAAUGGAAACCAAUCUCUGGUUGCGGCAUAUUUGGAAUGACUAUAAAUUAAGGUGGAGUCCAGUGGAAUAUGAUGGGAUUGAAUUAAUACGAGUUCCAUCCAAUAAGAUAUGGAGGCCUGACAUUGUGCUUUAUAACAAUGCUGUUGGUGACUUUCUUGUUGAAGACAAAACAAAGGCUCUGUUGAAAUUUGAUGGCACAGUCACCUGGAUACCACCUGCUAUUUUUAAAAGCUCCUGCCCAAUGGAUAUUACUUAUUUCCCAUUUGAUUAUCAAAAUUGCUCAAUGAAAUUUGGCUCUUGGACUUAUGAUAAAGCUAAAAUUGACCUUGUCUUAAUAGGGUCAAAAGUGAAUCUGCAAGACUUUUGGGAGAGUGGAGAAUGGGAAAUCAUUGAUGCCCCUGGCUAUAAGCAUGACAUCAAAUACAACUGCUGCGAAGAAAUCUACCCAGAUAUUACCUAUUCAUUCUAUAUCCGAAGACUCCCUCUUUUCUAUACUGUUAACCUGAUAAUCCCAUGCCUUCUACUUUCAUUUUUAACUGUUCUAGUAUUUUAUCUCCCCUCAGAUUGUGGUGAAAAAGUUACUCUGUGCAUCUCUGUCCUGCUGUCUUUAACUGUGUUUCUACUAGUUAUCACUGAAACAAUCCCUUCAACAUCUUUAGUGAUUCCCCUCAUUGGUGAAUAUCUUUUAUUUACAAUGAUAUUUGUGACUCUUUCUAUCGUUAUAACAGUCUUUGUUUUGAAUGUUCACUAUAGAACGCCCAUGACACACACUAUGCCAGAAUGGGUAAGGUCUGUCUUCCUCAGGAUUUUGCCUAAAAUGAUGCUGAUGAGAAGACCAAUGGAACAGCAAGUGGUCAAAUCCAGUGGCCGAAAAAGAAAAAACAGCACAUCCCAGAUAUCUAUGAACUGCCUGGAAUACGGAGAAAAUAAAUUACCAAAAGAACGGAAGAAGUGUGCCUGUCAGCAUCACAAAGACCCCUCAGAACCUGAUUCCAGUAAACUGAGCAGACGGCUGAGUCCACAGUCCGUUAAUACAGUGCUGGCUUUCUCAGUCGUCUCACCAGAAAUCAAACAGGCCAUUGAAAGUGUGAAAUACAUUGCAGAAAACAUGAGAAGCCAGAAUGAAGCAAAAGAGGCGGAAGAGGACUGGAAGUAUGUGGCCAUGGUCAUCGACAGGAUUUUCCUCUGGGUUUUUGUAUUAGUUUGUGUUUUGGGAACUCUGGGCUUAUUUUUUCAGCCACUUGUUGGUUUUGUUUAAUUAGUAGUGUGCAUGCUUUAAAAUACACAGUAAUUGUAGCUGCCAGCAACUGUAGCUGCCAGUAUGAUUUUAAUUAUUUAAAAAAAGCAUUUAAAGAAAACGCAAACUUUUUUGCUGUGUAUAUUUAGUUAUAAUUUCACCCAGGAAAGCAAAUGUGUAAUUCCCUUAAAUUCAUUAACAUCUGUGGGAAAGAAAUUAAUGUAUUACAUAUAAAAAAGAUCAACACACAGGAAACAUGUACAGCAUGCAGCUAUUCAAUUAGUUAGACUUCUGUCUACAAUUAACAGGCUGUUUUAUGUCAUGAUGUAAAAUUAGAAGCAUGUGUUUUAUGCUAAAUAGAAAAAAAUACCAACCACCACCCCCUCUAUUUUGGCCCUAAAUAAUUUAAGACACAGUGUAUCAUCUAAUUUGACCUAAUGGACAAAGACAAUGGGGAGAUCUAACUGUAGCUAUUGCAUAUACAGUAGUUCACUGAAAUAGUUUACAUCAUUUGAUAAUGAUGGUCCACUUAGUGAACAUUUUAUACAGCAUCCUCCAACCAUACUGUGUAAAUUCCAAGCUCCAGGUUGAUCUUAUGUUUACCAUUAGGUCGUAGCACCUGUGUUUAAUUUUCAUAACUACUUGUUCUACACAUGGUAGGUGCAUCUUUAAAUGACACAUUUCAGGAAUUAUACAUAGUUUGCCUUCUGAUUCAGAAAAAAAGUUUUUGAAAAAAAAAAAAACAUUAUAAAAAUGUUUAAUAGAAUUGUACAUACAGUAAGAUCAUAAUUAAAUCAUUGAGAAAACAGUUAUUUUUAAAAGCAGGGGUGAAUGCACUCUGGACAUUAUUUAUUGAUCUUUUAAACAUUUCACUGUCUCAUUCAACCAUAGGGGAUUCAUGGGGUAUUUAUGGCAUAUAUGGCACAUCCUUAGCAUUCUUAGCCCCCUUCACAAUGUUACGUUUAAUCCAAAUGAUUGCCCUAGCUGAUAACAAAAGGAAAUCCUGUAAUGUGUGUGUGUGUGUGUGUGUGUAUGUAUGUAUAUGUGUAUAUAUAUAUAUAUAUAUAUAUAUAUAUAUAUAUAUAUAUAUAUAUAUAUAUAUAUAUAUAUAUAUAUAUAUAUAUAUACUGUAGCUUCAUAGAAUUACCGGGUAUUUUGUCAUUCAGAUGAUGUACUGCUGAACAGUCUCGGAAGAAUUACCCUGUAAGAAAACAGACUUCUCGGUGUCAAAUGUUUGUGUCAUGUUGUAUACUAAUGCACAGGAACAUCAAUAAAGAUAUUUAUCUUAA